GUCAACAGACGCUGAAGUAGAUUAGAUUUGCGGAUUGGAGUGGAUUAUUAUAUAACUCUUGGAGACUUUGUGUGGUUCAUUUUACACGUUUAGCUGCUGCUCGGUUGCUAAGUAACUACGUGUGUGACAUGUUCCUGUGUUUAUGUUAUUGUUGUUUUUUUUUUAAUUUAAUUAUUUUUUAUAAUUUUACACAGCAGGAUGUGUAGCUGCCACACAGCCAGUUUGUAAAUAAUAAUAAUUUUAUUUAUUUAUUUAUUUAUUUAUUUUGGCAUGGCUGCUUGGUGCAUGGUGAGUAACUCGACCACUUCCGGUUUAGUGGCCUGAUGUUUUGGGCGGCUCGUGCUGUUUGCGCGUGCACACCUCAGACACACCAACACUCAGGGAAUAAAUUAAUAAUAAUAAUAAUAAAGCCAAUGAAAACGAGCUCGCGAUAUUUCAGCAGUGAUGGAAAAGUCGUGGCAGAUCUUUCACAAGCUGAUACAGCAGCCAGAACUUUCCAGAAAGGAGGAGCACUCAGGAGAUUGAGGUGCAGAAUGGUGGAGGAAAGAAGUUCUGCAGGAAUUAAAGAAGAACCAGAUGAGGAAUGUACCAUUUCUCAAACAGAGGGGUCUCCACAUGGGCACUGUGGUUCAGAAAAGCCAAAAGUCACAGCAGAACCUAAGGAAGACCCUGGGGAAGGCCACGCCCCUUCAAGAUCAUCUCGCACCUUGAGGAGGGGCCACGUUAAAGUGGAGUAUGAAGACAAGGCGGGACUCUGCGUCAAGAAAGAGCGCUGGGAGCCGCCUGAUUGGAGGAGGCAGCUGUCCUUCAUCAGGGAGAUGCGGAGUGGACGGGACGCUCCGGUGGACCAGAUGGGGGCGGAGAAGUGCUACGACCCUCAGGCUCCGCCCGAGGUGAUGCGUUAUCAGGUGUUGGUCUCUCUGAUGUUGUCCAGUCAGACGAAGGAUCAGGUGACGGCUGCAGCCAUGGAGCGACUGCGUGCACACGACCUCAGCGUGACCUCCAUCCUCAAAAUGGACGAGGACAAACUGGGCAAACUGAUCUACCCCGUGGGCUUCUGGAAGACGAAGGCGAAGUAUCUGAAGCAGGCGACGGAGAUGAUCCACCGUGAGUUUGGAGGUGAUAUCCCCGACACGCUGGAGGGUUUGGUGCGUCUGCCCGGGGUCGGCCCCAAGAUGGCGCACCUGGCCAUGGCCAUCGCCUGGAACCGGAUCUCCGGCAUCGGAGUGGACACACACGUUCACCGGAUCUCUAACAGACUGGGAUGGACUCGUGCCACCACCAAGAACCCAGAGGAGACCCGUCGAGCGCUGGAGGAGUGGCUCCCAAGAGAUCUGUGGAGUGAGAUAAACUGGCUGUUGGUGGGUUUCGGGCAGCAGGUCUGUUUACCCAUCUCACCUUUAUGCGCCACCUGUCUGAACCAGGACACCUGUCCCUCCGCCCACACUGCCUCACCAACCCGCAGGCCCAAACCUGGCUCUCCGCUGUCUCCCAGGGAGCCUGCUACACUGCGAAAGAACCCUGAAAUGAAACUGGAGGCGUCGACGCUGCAGAUCAAGGAGGAACCCUUCACCGUUCCUCUCUGUGUGUCUCGUCCACAACAGAAAAGGGACAGGGGCAGAGUGGACGUGCCAGCCAAGGUGACGGAGCCAAGAAAAGACAGGAAAGAGCGAAGAGAUGAAUCGCAGCAAGAGGAUAAGACAGGGGUCAAGACGAGGACGGGAAGGAGAAAGGAAGAGAAGAGAGAUGGAGAGAAGACUGCAUCGUGUCCUCGGGUACAGAGAAGAACCACAGCGCGUAAACGCUGAUAAUAAACCGAAAAUCAUCAGGAAUGAAUCCGAGAAGACAGACGUUAUCCUCGAAUCUUUUCAAAACAAAAGGCAUUUCAGAAAAUAGAAUCUUUUCUCAUAUAUAUAUAUAUAUGUUUUUUUUCUACAUUGUUUUUUUACUUUUAUUAAAAAAAAAAAAGUGAUUAAGAUAGCAUUGAUUUUAUUUUUACACACACACACACACACACACACAGCCAGUGCUUUGUGCCAGUGCUGCACUAAUUUUGCUAAUCAGUAACAAAUCUUUUCCAGAAACAGACAUGCACUCUAACUCCUCAUAUUCACUCUUUUGUAAAUAAAUGAUGGUGCGUAUUUCCAAA